AGUCAAAAUGGAAGGUUCGAAUUGACAAGUUUGUGAUUUUCGUAAUUUUAUUUUUGGAUUCACAAAUGUUAAUAUACCUAUUGCCUUUAAAAAGGUGUUUCUGUUAUAAACGGCAGACUGAAGUUUGUAAUAGACAUAAAAAACAAAGUGAACAAUCAACUUUUAAGGUGUCGCAACUGGUCGAAAAAUAGCUCUGGUAUGAUGAUAACAAAAGAUAUAAAAAUUCAGCCUUGUCUCGUUAUGUGCUCUUUUUCGUCACAUGUGUACCGUAGGGAUUAACGAGUCAUGAAUAUUCGCAGCCGUGAAAGUUCAGUGAUGUACACGUAACUAUAUGAAAAAGAGAUUUUAAGGUUUAUGACGUCACUAGAGUGAAAAGACAAUAAAAUUUCGGGUUUCGUAUACGAUGUUUGUUAGUUUUUUUCGGUGAGUGCAAGUAUAUUUUUGUUAAUACAGUGAAAGGCGAGUUCACGGUGCAGAGGAGGUCUUCCGCGAGGAUGGGCGGCGAUGUCUGCCCCCUCCGAUAGCGCUACGAGCCCUUCACCAUGUGCGUGCACCAAUAUAUCGCUUAUGCAAUUGUUUCAUGAACUGAAACAAAAGUUUCCCGGCGUUCCCGAUCAUGUUGUGUCCAAUACAAUCGAACUGUACUGUCACGAUAAGAAAGCUUGUGAGACACAUCUCCAUAAAGAAGUCAAGGCCUCCCUAACACAUGCAUAUCAUGCUUCUUCCUCGGCUGCAGCUCGUCAGCUCAAUGAGCUCAAAGUUAAUCCACCAAUCAAGUGUCGCAACCAACCUAUCAUAAAACAUGAAGCUGCUAAAUGUACAGCUAUUAAAUCUGUAACUUGCCAAGGCCCACAAAAAGCUGUGAUCAGCACGAGCUCUGAAACAGAAGAAGAAAAGCCACUAAAGUUAAACACCGACGCAAACCAAAAUGUUGUUGAAAAUAACACUGAUGACAAAAUAAAUAAUAUUUCAUCUCCAGUCACCAUUAUCAACAUUGAUAACUGCUAUGCAAAGUAUAAUGCUGAGUCCCCAAGUGAUUUGGAACUAACUAAUGAUAAGGCAGAUAAACAAAGUACAUUUCAAGAGUGUAAACAACUGGAGCAAGGCAUUGAUUCUGAACAACCUGAAAGCACAAAUUACAAAAUUUUAAAGAGCACUAAAAUCAAAGCUAAUUUAAAUGAGAGAUUAGAUGCUUCAAAGGAAGUUAAAGAAAAGAAAACUAUCAAGAAAGAAUCACCGGUUAAGCCACCACAGGAGAAGCCCCAAAGACCUAACACACUAAACUUCAUCAAGCCAAAUCCAGACAUUGCAUUUACAGAUCAUUUAAAACAGCCUGAAGCUGAGUCCUGUAGAACAGUUUCCCCUGCACCAUCAAUACAAAAACCAGAGAAUAAAGAGCAAAAAUCUGGCAACUACCGACUAGAUAGAGGAUACCCUCUCAACUGGUCUGUUAAUGUUAAUUGUCAUAUGGACCUUAGUCGUGCAUACUCUGAUGGUGAUUACGAUAGCCCAAGAGCUAUAACUUCUGUUAAUUUAACAGUUUGUACUCCAACUUCAAACAUGGCUAGUCCUGUAAGGGAUACAAGAGAAGAAGAUGGUGCAUUUGAAGGUCAUGUGACGGUAACUGUCAGUCCAAGCACAACACGACCACCGAGACGUCGUGCUCCUCCACCUCCAAUGCAGAAAUCUCACUUGGAGUCUCCCAGACCUAGCAGGGCUGCUCCAGAACCACCGGGUCUAUCGCAUGACCGUUCCUUGAUUGACCGACAAAAGGAACGUCUAUCUCGAUUAGCUUCUGCUGUAGCUCAAGAAAAGGGUCGCCUAGCGCAGCUUAACCGUGAGACUCAGAUACUUGCUGCACCACCACCGACGCCGAGUGCAGCGCAGAGGCUCAAAGAUUAUGUGGAAAGGCUACGGGAUGAGUGUGAUACAUUAGCUAAACGAUUAGAAAUGGAUGGUCAUGCUCGUGUUAUGCCCGUUGCAGAGGCAGACGACACAAGCAACUUCUACAGCAACAUCUACACGGGACAGCGCCAGCCCACCUCGUGGCAGUGCCAUAUGUGCACCUUCCGCAACCACCCACUACUUGACAAGUGCGAAGAGUGUGACAUGCCGCGGAUAUUCGUAGGUACGUCCCCAGCUACCACUCACGACUCGGGCUUUGGCUCCUUUCGCGAUAGAAACAGGAGGGGUGCAAACCGACAGACCACAGAUGUGGCCGAUGCACCGAUCUCCCAUGUAGUCGGUGACUACAGAGCAGUGAAUGUUUGAAAAUUUACCAUAUGCCUUGAAAAGUGCCUUUGAUAUACGAGUGUUCGUUUUUUCAGUGUUUAACCAGACUUAAGUGUUAUUUCUAAAUGAGGAAUACUAAACAGUAUUGUGCAAUCUUAACCUAGCAUGUGGCAUGACCACUCUAUUGAAGGACUUGCCAAUAAUGGACUGUCGCUGACAUUGGCAUCUCCUUUACGGUUUGCUAUUCAUACCCAAUGUUCCUGUUUGAUAUCAGACAUUGAAGUUUUGCAUGUGUGUUCUUAUAUACUUUGUAAUUUUAUUAACCUUUUAAAGUUAGAGAGAUUUUUAUGUAUAUAGGGUUUUUAUUAGUUACCGAGUUAAAGUGUAUAAACGGUAUUAAGUCGGAAUAGAUUAUCUUAAUUUCAGAAUAACAAUUAAGAUAUUUGGUGGCUGUAAGGAUAAUGAAUAAUAUGAAUAUAAAAGAAUUUAAAUAAAUUAUAGUUGGAACUCUUAAUGCUUUAUAGAAUGGUGCACAUCAUUUUAAAUUUUUUCUUGUUGACUUGAAUUAUCCAUAAAGAUGAGCUAUGAUUUUGUGUAAAAAAUUAAGGAAAAAAAAAUUAAAUAAACAUUUUUAAAGAGAAAUGAAAUUAAUUGUUAAAAAGUUUUAGUAUCAAAAUCGAUAUAUCUAAUGUGAUGAUAGUUUUAAUUAAAAUAUUGAAUUUUAUUAGGUGGAAUUGUAUAUUUUCUUGUUAUUUUAAUUGUCGUUGUUAAGUUAUGAUACUAUACGGUAGGAAUAUUUAUUGUUUAAUCUAUACAUCACCUAUUUAUAAUCUGGUCACAUCUUGAGGCAUCACAAGAUCUCAUAAGAAUAUUAUAAUAAUAAAACUAGAAGCACCUUGCCAAAAAUAAUACAUUAAAUUAUUAUUUUUUUUAAAUUUUAUAUCGUCGGAACUUACUAGCCAUAUGUUAAUUAUAAUAUUUGCUCAAUUUGCCGUUUGCUCAGAUUGCUAUAAAAUUUAUUGCCUAAUGAGUUAUCAGGGUUUUAAUUUGGUUAGUUUAUAAAAGGCAGUUUUCUUAACUUUAUGAUAAAAAAAUACAGUGCUUAAAUUAUUUGAUUGUAAAAGUAUAUACAUAAUAAAAUUUUAUCAUUUUUAAAAACUAUUUUGAAAAUUAUUAGAGAUUUUAAAUAUAAGGCUUCUGGCACAAUUAUUGAUAUCACUUAAGUCUUAUUUGAAUAUUAAGUGUAAUUUAAAUCACAAAUCACUUACAAGUUAUCACAGUAUUAACAUUUAUUACCGAAUUUCACUGUGAUAAUCAGUACAGGCGUAAUAAAUAUUCUAAAGCAUACAUUAAUAAUUAAAUAUACAGAUAUACUUAUUUAGUGAAUUACAAUGAUAAGUAUUUAACUUGUGGUAUCUAAUUUUCUUUACAUUUUUUUUUUAUGUUCAGAUGGUUAUAACUAAGUUUUUAAUUUUAGUACACACUAUAUACAAAAGAGAUUGCAAUAAUUUUACAUUGUAGAAUGAUUAUUGACUGUAUUGACUUAAUUAUACUUAAUAAAUUAAAAAUGUGAUCAAC